UUUCCAGUAAUAGAAAGAAUAGGGGCUGUGGCUUAUAAACUAGCAUUACCAGAAGGAAGCAGGGUACAUCCUGUAUUUCAUGUGUCAUUAUUGAAGAAAAGGGUGGGAAUGAGUGACACUGUGUCCAGCAAGUUUCCUGCCAUGAAUGAAGAAGGUAAUAUCAUACUGUUACCAGCUGGUGUUUUGGCUAGAAGAAUAGUCAAAAGGAAUAAUGCUGUUGUAGUACAAUGGUUGAUCAAGUGGGCACAUUUACAGCAAGAUGAAGCAACCUGGGAAGAUUAUGAUGUUAUCAUCAAGCAGUUUCCAGAAGUAAAAGCUUGGGGACAAGCUUUGGAGAAAGAAGGGGGCAAUGUUACAAUAAGGCCUUCUAUAUUUGGGCCUAAGUGGUGUAUUUGGAUCUCCAUCUAAUAACAAGCUCACGCGACAUCGACACCGACCUCCAGCAAAAACGAAAGCAACCACCAUUGGGACGCCACUGAGAAGAGGCGGCGACGGCCAGCGACGCCGAUUAUCUUCUUCUUCUUCGCUGCUCCUCUCUCGCCGUCGUUGGGUUCAUCUCUUUCAUCCCAACAACCCUAAUUGAUGGAAAUUUCAGUUCUAUGGUGACGAUUUCAUAUCUGUGACAUAUAUUUGUGUGGAGGCGAGGGGCAAAUCGGUGAUUUAGAUGACAGAAAUGGUGGACAAAGAUGGCUAGGGUUUGGUCUGGGUAGUGGCGGUAGAGUUGGGUGACGA